AUGGAUGUGCGCGACAAGCUAACGCUGGCGCACCCGCCGAGCACCUUGAGCAACCCGAGCAGCGUCAUAACCCCGAGCGUUGACCCAUUCCGCAAUUUGGCCGCUGGUCCGACCGUGUCUCCAGCCUCGCGAUUCUCAAUGAGCUUCAUCGUGCAGCAGACCGAAAACUCGAGCGACUUCGCCAACAACAAUAGCAGCAGCAGCAACAACGCGGACGACGCCAGGGAUAAAGCUUCACUCAGCUUCAUCUUGUCCUCGUCCGAUUCUGAGUCGGAUACUGAAGAUCAAAGCUCCAAGAAGCGCGGAUCCAUCACCGACGCCUCCGCUGUCAAGCGGAAGCGAGCUGCUGUACCGCCCUCGGCCUCCGAGGCGGCUGUACCCGUCCGCAAGGGCAGCAAGUUCUGCAACGUUGAAGGCUGCACCAGCCGUGCCAAGCACGCCAAGCGCUGCUGGAAGCACGGCGGCUCGGUCAAGUGCAAGGUCCCCGACUGCAUCAACCGCGCCAAGUCCAAGGGCGUGUGCUGGUCGCACGGCGGCGGCACCGUGUGCUCCUUCGAGAGCUGUGACACCAUUGCGGUGUCGAACGGCUUCUGCUGGGCGCACGGCGGCGGAAAGCGCUGCCAGGUGCCCAACUGCUCCAAGCCGGCCUAUGAGCGCACGCAGAACUACUGCCAGGCGCAUUAUCAAGAGUUGGGCGGUGCGGCUGCCGCUGGAGCGAGCUAA